CUAUGUAAAAUCAGCUGUUCGCUGCGAAGGCUCAGCAGAAUCAAACAACAAAGAAUUUUCCAACUUAUACUAUACGGCGAUAUAAAUAGGCAGCACAAUUGACCUUGACGUUGGGCGAUGUCUAGCCCCCACAUCAACUACCGCUCCCUGGCCGAGGAGGCGGCCAGUCCGUUCCUGGAGCACACAUCCUCUGCGGGCCAAGGCCCAGCGAACAAAACACAAGACGCAAAAGCGAACGCAGCUGCUGCGCAUUUAGACCCCCUGGGUGAGCACGGAAUGGAGCAGCCGCUGGAGGAGCUCGACACCGAGCACGAGGGCGAGGACACGCCCCGGAACAGUGGCGUCAUGAUCCACAUGGUCCCGGAGACGGGGCGGGCGCGUUGGAACCACAUCGAGAACCUGGACUCGUUCUUCUCGCGGAUGUACCAGUACCAGCAGAAGCACGGAUUCACUGUGAUCGUGGUCGACGAGAUGCUGCAGGUCCUGGAAUUCGGCUUCGUCGUCUGGCUCCUGGCCGUCGUGAUGCACUGCGUCCGCUUCGACGUGCUGUUUGGGGAUGCCCCGCCCGGCGGAGCCAAUCCCAACAAGACGACGCUCGCCGAUGUGAUGGUCCCGACGGGCGAGUGCCUGGCCAGCUUCAACUGGUUCACCUACCUGGUUGUGUUCAUUGCCGCCAUCUAUCUGGGCAUCCGGCUGCUGAAGAUGGUCUACCAUAUCACCCAGUACGCCGAUAUCAGGCGCUUCUACAACUCGGCGCUUCACAUCGAGGACUCCGAUCUGGACAACUUCACGUGGCACGAGGUGCAGCAGCGCAUCCGUCGCGUCCAGGCCGAGCAGCACAUGUGCAUCGACAAGGAGUCGCUCACGGAGCUGGACAUCUACCACCGGGUGCUGCGCUUCAAGAACUACCUGGUGGCCCUGAUGAACAAGCAGCUGCUGCCGGUGAGGUUCCACAUACCGCUGUACGGCGAAGUGGUCUCGCUGAGUCGCGGUAUGUUGUUCAACAUCGACUUCAUCCUGUUCCGCGGGCCGGGAUCUCCGUUCCAGAACAACUGGCAGCUGCGCGAUGAGUUUGCGGUGAGGAGCAAUCAAACGGAGCUGGCGCAGCGCCUCUCGAAGCUGAUCUUGGGCGUGGCGUUGCUCAAUUUGCUGCUGGCGCCUGUGAUCUUCGUGUGGCAGCUCAUCUACUUUAGUUUCUCCUACGCGAACAUCCUGCGCAAGGAGCCAGGGGCGCUGGGACUGCGCACCUGGUCGAACUAUGGACGCCUCUACCUGCGGCACUUCAACGAGCUGGAUCACGAGCUAGAUGCCCGGCUGAAUCGGGCCUACGACUAUGCGGACCGCUACCUCAACUCCUUUUCCUCGCCACUAGCCGCUGUGAUAGCCAAGAACCUGCUGUUCAUCAGCGGAGGCCUGCUGCUGCUCAUCCUGGGAUUGGGCAUUUACGAGGAGCACGUCUUCCAGGUGGAGCACCUGCUGUUCAUCAGUGCCGGACUCGGAGCCAUUGGUGUGGUCUGCAGAACGCUCAUUCCCGAUGAGAACCUCAUUUGGUGCCCGGAGCAGCUGAUGACCGCCAUUCUGGCGCACGUCCACUAUUUGCCCAACGAGUGGCGACAGCAGGCGCACACGGCUCGCGUUCGCCAGGAGUUCAGCAACUUCUUCCAGUUCAAGGCCGGCUACCUGCUGAGCGAGAUUUUCAGUCCGUUCGUCACGCCCUUUGUGCUGAUCUUUGUGUUCAGGCCAAAGGCCAUUGAGCUGGUGCGCUUCUUCAGGACGUUCACCGUCUCCGUGCGCGGCGUGGGCAAUGUCUGCUCGUUCGCACAGAUGGAUGUGCGCAAGCACGGCAAUCCCGACUGGCAGCUGACCAGCGAGCUGGAGGAGAUGACGCGGCCAGCAGGCCAACAGCCGCAGCCGCAGCAGCAGCAGCAGCAGAGUUUGACCGGCGGCAAGACGGAGAUGUCGCUGGUGCGCUUCACGCUCAACAAUCCCGAGUGGCAGAUGCCCAAGGAGGCCAAGCAGUUCCUGCGCGGCGUCCGGGAGCACGCCGUCGGUGAGUUGGUCCAGGCCAAGACGUCGAUGGUGCAGGAGAACCCGCUGACCAACAGCCUCAUCUCGUUUGGGACCAUGGGAGCGGAGUACUGUUCCCUUGCCAACUCGGUGCUGACUGCCCAGGUGACGCCGCAGCAAUUGGAGAUCUCACAGUCGCUGCGCCCUGGACUGGGACCCGUGUCCGGUGUGGGAUUCCCCGUCGCGGCCAGCGACUUCCGUCAGAUGCUGCAGCAGAACCUCUCGGCCAGCGUGGGGCCGCUGGACAGCAUGCGUCGCCUGCGCCUCAGCCGCGCCGAGGGCCGCCUGGAAGGUCCGUCGGAGACGCUGCUCUACGGACUGUGCGGCAUGGAUCCGCGCGUGGGCAGCAGCCCUUUGGGCGUGGGCGUGGCCGACAUGUGCCUGAGUGCUCUGUAUCUGCACGAGCUGAACCAGCAGAAGCGACAGGCGCGUCAGUCGCGCAUCGAUGAGGCCGAGGACGAGCGUCCGGGGACGAGCCAAUGGCCAUCGCGGCCGCCACCGGCUGCUCCUUCGAGUGCCGCCGGCUCCCGCCAUACCGUGAUUACCUCAAAGGCUGCCGAGAGCACGCCGCUUUUGGGCAGCAUCCGCUCAUAGCAGCGGCCAGAGUGGAUCUAACCACCUGUAGGGCUAAGGACCACCAUUCUGCUAUUAGUGAUUAACCUAAGUUUUAAAGUGUGAACGAACGAGCGAGCGAACGACGUCGUCUAGUGCGUAGCUAAACUAAUCUGAAAUUAAGCUAAACUAAACGAGAAGCAAUAAACAUAACUGCAUUAUCAAAAA